AUGUCGUGGCUUGAGGGUCGAAAAGAGUUAAGAUUAAUAACGGACAGCUUCAGAAUCAACUCGGGUAACAAUGCAACGAAACGGAAACAAGAAGACUCCCGCACAAACAACUACAAAUUAAAAAUGAAUCCACACACAAUUGACUUCUCAAAAUCUCCCAUAUCACCGAAAAAAUAUACAGCGGCCAAAAGAAAAAUUCUAGGAGAAAUUCAAUUACCAAAUUCCCCACUGGAACGGUUAAAAUCAUCACCUCUUACCAUCUCACCGAGGUCAAACUCACCAUUAAUAAAUCACAACAUUCAAAAUAUCAACUCACCGUUAUUAAAUACUAACAGUCCAGCACUGAUAAAAAAGCAUUCUCCGUCACUAAACAAAGAAAGUCCUCUGAGUUCAAGAAGUAAACGGUCAAGGAUUUCAAAGGUUAUGGAGGAGAGAUCAAAGUUCAGGAGUUCUAACAAAGAGAAUGAUCCGCCAUUGAUGAGUGAGACCUUUGUCAAGUUGGAUGAUGAUGAAGAGGCUAGGGAUUUCUUGUUUGCUAAAAAAUUUGAAGCCGUAAGGGAAAAUGUUACGAAUUGGUCUACUACCAAGUUGGACUUCAGUGAUACUCUCCCACCGCCAGAAGACGAAAAGGAUGAUGUCUAUGUCCCAGAAAAAGAAGAAACAGAAGACGUCUACCUCCCAGAAAAAGAAGAUACAGAAGAUGUUUAUGUUCCAGAAAAAGAGAUCACCCAAGAUGAAGAUGACGAUUGCGAGACUCUUCACGACUUGGAAGAAGAAUUCGAUGCCAACUUCGAUGAGUGUACAAAAUACGAGAUCAUAUCCACCGACAGCCCUAACAUUAUCUCGAGGGGGCGCACGGCCACGACUCGGAAGGUGACCGCCAGGAACUUCGACUUCGGAGCUCCGCUGGCCGAGAACGAGCCUUCAACAAGCUUUAACAGACCAAAUAUUACUGUCACGAGAAUGCUGACCUUCGAAGAAGAAGAUUUCGAAUUCACAUCGCCAGCUGUUAAAAAGGCUGCUGCAAAGAAAUCUCUGAAGUUCUCUGAGUCACCUACAAAGCUAAAACAUGAGAAGUCUGAUUCCAGCAUCGGUUCAAUGAACUCCUCAAGCCAAGCUUCACCAAAAUCUGGUUUAUACACUUCUGAGUCCACCACAUCCAUGGAAAGUGGUUUCAUAUCAGAAAUGGAAGAACCGUUCCUCGAAAUUGAAGAGUCAAACUCACCGAAGGUAGAAAACUUUAAUGAAUUACUCUCCGGAUUGAUAAAAACCAAUGUUGUCACCGAUAAGAGUUUCCUACGGAGACCGUUGAACAGAAGUUUGAGUUUCAAUCCGGACAGUAGAGCCAGAGUGUCUUUAUUCUCCAUUUUAGAGAACCCAGAGAAGAGGAAUUGUAAGAGAGUUGAGCGAACGGAGACAACGGUUGCAAACAAGAGAAGAAAGUCAAGUUAUCUGAGUCCUAGUGACAAAAGAGCUGUGAAACCAGAGAGGCCUGUUCUGCUAAGGGCUCAGUCAGAGAAUAAUGCUAUGAUAAUGCAAGCUAUGGAUAGAUCUCAAACGAUCCCAGAUCUCAUAGGAGACUUCUCAGUUCCGUUCGCGCUGCCGCUGACCGACGGAGACCACUGCGACCUCAAGAGCAUAUCCUGUGAAACCCUGGCGAAACUCUUAAAGGGGGAAUUUACAGAUACCAUUGGCAGUUUUCAGGUGAUAGACUGCCGCUACCCCUACGAGUAUGAGGGCGGUCAUGUCAUCAACGCGUUGAAUUACUACACGCAGGAGCAGAUGCAGAAACUUCUCGAAGAGCCCGUCUCCACUAACACUGAGGAUAAUAAACGCAGGAUACUUGUGUUCCACUGCGAGUUCUCCAUCGAAAGGGGGCCUAAGUUGUCCCGGUUCCUGCGCUCCUCGGACCGCGCCUCGAACACGGCGCGCUACCCCCGGCUGCAGUACCCCGAGAUGUACCUGCUGCACGCCGGCUACCGCGCCUUCUACCGCCAGUUCCCCGAGCUGUGCCGCCCGCGCGGCUACACCGCCAUGCUCGACCCGCGCCACCGCCGCAGCCUGCGCCUGCACCGCGACAUGCACUAG